GCCCCAGAUCCGCUUUUCUCACUGUGUCGAUUUCUCAGUGAGGUUCACGGCUGCAUCUCGCACGAAUCACGCGGCGAUUAAUCUAUUCAUCGCGAUCGAAAUCCCUUUCUCGAACGCGCGCAAGAAGCAACGACCGCGAGUCUGUGAUCGAUCGCGCGAAUUCCAGACGAACCAACGAACGAAUUCGGCUACGAAGCAAGUUAUGAAAUGUUAUUUGCGUGCAAUUAAUAAAUGCGCUCAAUUGAGAAACUACUUUUUUCUCCCUCUCUCGAACCUUCUAUAUUUCUUAUAGUUGAAAUUCGUCGAAUGUGUACACGCGUGUCUCUGUAACUGGAAAAUUGGAUCUGCGGUUUUCAUGACUAUUCGCGACUUGUCGUUGAUUUAAUAGAUAUUUGAUCGCUAUAGAAUACAUUGCGUUUUAUUAAAAAUAAUGAAAGUGAAUUAAAAUUAUUUUUGUAUUAUCAAUAAAUACAAGAAAAAAUUUUUGCUAAAAUUCGAUCGUGAGUUAUGUACUACAGCCGCUUAAUUACUGCAUAAUUAGUGAUAUAAACACAGAUGUACGUAGACACCAUCAUCGUACAUGCGCACGUGUGGCAUUUCGCGAGCGGAGCGAUCUGUUCCUGCAAAUUACGAGGCGUGAUGGAACGCGCAGAGAAUGAUUCUUCCGGGAAUUCAUCCACAACAUGAGACGUGACGCGAAACUGUGCGCGCAUCUUUCCUUCACCUGCGAAGAAAGAAAGUUGGACUCGAGUCUCCGUCGCCACGAAUUUGAUAGACUGCCAAGUCGACGAGAAGUCGCGUUACAUAAGCGACGUAACGCGCGCGAACUUGAAUUGCGCGUUCGCCAACACGAACAAAUCGGCAAUCAGUCGUCAUCUCGCGUCAAAUCGUGUCUGCGCUCGUUGACAUCGGCCAUAUGAUCGCGCGACAACGAAUGCAACGACUCGAAUGCCGCGACGUGCGAGCGCAUACUGUGCGCAGCUGCUAUUCGCGGGAGCUCGGAAAACGGGACUGCAGUUUUAACUCGGAGAUUAUCAUCGAGUGAACGGUGGAACGACAACGACUUUACAUCAUACAACCGGUCGCUUCAUCCGCAAAUCAGUAUCUUGCAGCUCGAACGAUGAUCAUAUGAUGUGCGUCUUCAAUAUCUUUCUCGUGAUCGCAAAGUGAUGCAAAUCUUAUUUUCGUCGUUCUUUUCAUAUAACGUUAUUAAAUAUGCAUUAUAUGUAUUUCUUGUUUAGAAUGUAGAAUAAUUUUUUUUUCGUGAUAUAAAUUGCUUCGUCGAGAGAUUAAAAAUCCUGUGCGACGUACAGUGAUGUGAAUAAACGCGCGCUUUGAAACACAACCGCCAAUCUUCCACAAAAUCCAUAAAAUUCAUCAAGAGAAGGCAGGAUCCGUUAAGAACUCCAGACGACAAACUCGUUUGGAACGUGGAAUUAAUCGGGACGAGAAUCAAGCGGGUAAGUUUUUCCGGCAAAUUACUUGAGCGAGAACGUACGAGAGAGAGAAAGGACCGGGACCAUGAAGAACGCCCAUCCCAUCGUCAGGGCGACGACUUCCAGUCCGGUCGAUCGGGAUUCCACGGGCCCCGGCAGCGAAUCGGCGGAGCCGAUCAUCCGGCUAAAGCUACAGAAACCGCUGCACUGGGAGUGGGAGCUCACGACGUCCGCCGACGCUCUACCUGUCAUCCAGCUAUUGGACAAGGAUGGCCGCUUGCUGGUGGAAACCACCGGCCGAACGGCGCAGCGGGCCAGAGGUUCCUUCAAGAAGGGCCUAAAAACCCACGAACAAUUUCCAGUCGACGAGUCGCGUGUCAACUCGACAAGCAAAGAGCAAACGUCCUCUACCCCGUCGGUGUCUUCCACCGCCUCGCUCGUCACGACGCCGCUUCCGAUUAAUCGUAACAUUGACGGCUUCAGUACUAAAUUCGGUACGUGCAGUUUCGCCCCGCGAAAAUCCCGAAGCGACGUCAACAUUAAAGAAAGACGAAGCAAAAAGAGACACUUGCCCGCCUUAGAAGAUUCAACGAUGAAGACGAAGAUCGAAAGAAACGUAGAAGGAGCAUCGGCAGGAAACAAGAAAUAUUCCGCUGGAGAUUACCUUCGACAGCAGAUCAUGAACGAUCUACGUACGCGUAAUACGAUCGGGAGAACUCCGGAGGAGAUAGCCAAGGACAGAUGUAAAAAAGUUAAAGCGUAUCUAAGAAGUCAGAGCGAGACCCUCUUGAGUUUGGUUCGCGAGGAAGAAUACGACGAAUAUGAGACGAAAGAUACUAGAAUCGGAUCGAGCGAAAAGAGUCCUGGAAGUCGUAGCUCGAACAAAAGCGACACACUCAACUCUGAAGAGAAGAAUCCGAAUGGAGGAGACAAAAAGACGAAACCGUACCUGCGAACUCGGAGCACUAUAAUUCCGACGGAGGAUUCGACGAAAAAUAAUUUCAAACCGAACGAAGGGGAUAGAACCGUUUGCGGCCAGAUAAAAAACGACAUGAAUGAGGAGGAGCUGACAAAGAUUAGAACUUUCUUACGCGAAAAGAUACAACGGCGAAUGAAUAUGGAACAGGCGCGUUCGAGAUCAGCUGUUAACACUGACAUUCCGGAAAGCGUUGAGAACGCCAGAAUUAGAAAAAGAUACUCGGACUAUAAUUACGAUCGAGAAAACUACAGAACGCGAAAGGUGCGUAGUGAGACAAGCAUCCUGCGAUUUGAUCCCGAAAUGCUCGAAAGAGAGAAGUUGAAGUUGGAUAAGCAAGUAGAAAUGGAGAAAUCGACAAAUUGCAGAGAAUUGGAAGAUUCUCAGCUUCAAAGACAACCACGUAAUUAUCGGCGAUCGAGGAGCGAAGCUUUGGUCGAAGCUUUGGAACUGAACAAUCGACCAAAAUCACAGGUCAAAAGGGAAUCGUCGAGUUUGGACCGAAGGAAAUUCUACUGUAAAACCAAGAAUGACAUUCUGCAGAGACAAGAGGAGGCGAUGCCGGCGGUCAGCGUUGAGAAUCUCCCAAAUUCCCCGAGACGUAUGAAGAGCCAGGAAAAUGUGGAGAGAUCUUGGCGGGAAUAUAAAGAGCGGAAAAGAAGCGAGAAAUAUCGCCGAGAAUCGGAGAGAGAAUUACCCGAGGAGGACUUCAUGAGUAAACCGAGGUGGAAGGACCUGCAACGCGAUCUUUGCUCUUCGCGCAACUGCAAGAUUUGCCAAAACUUGAAAAACUGCGUGAAUCCACUUGACGAGAAAUCUCGUGAAAAGAGCGAAGAAUUGUUGAUGGGGAAAAAAGCCGCAAAUUUUCUCGAAGACAAGACUUCGACAAACAGACCCGAUACCAGUUUGCAGGAGAAUUAUUUGCUCCUCGAGAAAAAGAACGCGGAUUGCUCCCAAUCGUCGAUCAUCCCAGAAAUUCAAUUGAAAAAUCGCGACAAUAAUAUCGGCAGCGUGUCUGCAUUGAAUAUAAAUUCUUCGAACUAUGAGCACAACAUGAAUUCUUCGAAAAGCGCUUUCAAGAAUUAUCGAGAGUUAUAUCCACGCUCGAAUGUGAAGAAAAGCGACACUUUCAAGAUUGUCGACGGAAGCGAAGAACUGAAGGAACACGUGAACGGUUCUGACAUGAAAAUAAAUGACGGCAACGGUUCCGAUAGUGAUUUCGGUUAUCUAAACGGCGAAGGUUCGCUAGCGAACAAAUCGAACGAGGAUAUCACCAAGGACUACUUCAAGAGAGUUUACGAACUGUUGAAGAAAAGGCAGGAGGAAAUGAGGAAAUCGGCGAAUGAAGCCCGCGAAUUUCCGGGCCGCGAGGAUUCUUCAUCUUCGAAUUACGUCGAGGAAAUACAAAAAAAGAGGCAUCGGCGUAAGAAAAAAGAUAAAAAUUCGCAAGGUGAGGAAGUGGUGACCGUACCGUCCACCAGCAACGAUCAGGAAAGCUGGAAAGUGCAGAGGAUAUCCGUAAACGGUGAAUCGCCGCAAUCGAGCAAUCGUCGCCGCGGUUACAGUCGGUCGCAAUUGCAACCGGUCGUAUCCGGCGGCAAGAGGAAUCGGCUCGCAUCGUCCCCACCAACGCAGCCGAUAUCCUACAGAGUCAAUGUUAAGGACCAGCUCGACAAGUAUUUCGACUGGCCGAAUAAGGAAAACACGCCCGGAAAUGCCAUAAAUCGCCGCGAGGACGAUCAACGACAGGCGAACCGAGUCCAGGAGAUCGAGGAGUCGACAAUGGGGUCGAAUCUGAGCAGGCAUAACGGAAAAGGCCUUACUGGCCGACGCACUCAAUCUUCCGGGAACCUGUGCGAACCCAAGGGAAAGCUCAACAGCAUGGGGAAGAUACUGGUACCUUGUUCCAGCGCGCAGAGAGAAAGAUAUAAAUUUUGCGGCUCGCUACCAAAUCACCUGGACGAUAAGGAUGUGCUAGAUGAUGAUCAGCGAGAUAAUAAUAACAUCAUGUCCGAUACUAUCGGCGGAAACUUUGGUGGUACGUUGCCGCACAAGAAACGCUCGUUAGGAGUGCAUUUCUCGGAUAGCGAACCGACCGGUACUUUGGAUCUCGUUAAACAUCGAUCGCAGGAUUCCUUCGACGAGAACGAUCCCUGGAGAUAUCAGCAGAGCGAUCUCGAUCUCGUGCGAUGCCGUCACGGAAACUUUGAUUCGGUCAAGAGAAAUCGCAGCGCCGACACGGUUGUCGUCGAUUCCGGCAGGAAGUACGGUCGCAGCGUAGCCUUGGAGGAUAGGUGUCAUCGUAAUUCGGACUUAGACUUGGUCGGCACGCUGCCGAAACGCAAGCAAGACGCUCGAAACAGCAGCGGCAGGAGCCUCGAAUCGAACUCGUCCUCGCAGCCGUGUAUAGUAAACGCCACCGAUAACGACGAUCUGCUGAUGAAGAUAGUGCAUAAACCUGACUGCGAGUUACUCAAACAUCGCCAACAGUUUGGCAAGUGCGUCGAUCUGAAACUGAGCAAACUGACGAGCGGCGAGCCACAGGAUCAAGGAUACGCGUCCGAACGAUCUCCUGAGGACGAGCAUCCGCCCUCAUUGCCGGGGCAACCGUUUCCAAGUGUUACACCAGAGAGUACAUUCCGGGUGACGCUGCAGAAGAGCAGUCGCGGUCUCGGUCUAAGCGUUUCCGGUGGCGGUACCGCGGGCCCUGUCAGGGUGAAAAGACUUUUUCCUCAACAACCCGCCGCCCUGUCCAACAAGCUUCAAACCGGCGACAUAUUAUUAGCUGCCAACGGGAUUCCGCUGACCGGCCUUACCAAUUAUGAGGCUCUCGAAGUUCUACGUACGACUCCUAACACGGUAGAAUUGGUGGUGUGUCGGCUUCCAGGAGAUAGUAAUGUUACUCCACCCGGUGCACCGCCGCCACCCCCCGCAAGACGGGAGCCGUCGUCGUUACGUUUACUCAACCCGCUGCCACCUUUGCAAAUCGAGCCGUGCGGUGAAUUUGACAUUGAAAUGACGAAAGUCGGCGGCAGUCUCGGCUUUACCCUGAGGAAGGCGGACAGCAGUGCCCUGGGUCACUAUGUGCGAGCGUUGGUGCGAGAGCCGGCACUGAGUGACGGCAGAAUUCGACCGGGCGACAAGAUCGUCGCCGUGGACGAUGCUCCACUAUCUCCAAUGAGUCACGAGGAAGCGGUUCAGUUGCUGCGACAAUGCGGGCCAACGGUAAAACUGCGACUGUACCGCGAUUUGGCGCAAACUCCAGUCUCGGCGCUCUCGCCCACCGAGCCCGAUCAUCCCCUCCGUCCGCCACGAACGAGCUUGAGACAAGAAGCCGUGGACAUGCUGUGUGACUUAGCAGUCCGAAAGCUGUCACCAGGUACAUCGAGCGGUUCUAGUAUUUGCAAACAACAGUCACCCGGUGCCUCAUGCAACUCGCCCCGAAGACUACGUCGACUUGCCACGCGUACUUCCACUGCCGAAACGAAUCAAGAAACUCCCGAGAGUAAGUUGCAUGACGUGCAAACGACGUCGUCGACAGCCAGCCAAGCGGAGACCGCGUCAGACUCGGACCAAUGUUCCGUCAAGACGCAGAUCACCAAUUCUCAAGCAAACACACCUGCGACCGACAUAAUCGAUCCGCCGCCACUCUACGACAUUUACGACGAUAAUGACGAUGAGAUGUCAAAACCGGGGUCUAACAAUGCUGCGGCGGAGAGGCCGAGCUUUCUCGACUUGACGGCGCCGCAAGGUAAACCGCACUUUCAAUUCUGCAGCGUUGAUUCGGACAGCGAGUAUCCCGGCGACAGCGACGUGAUCCUCGCGGAAGCAGAGCGAGGACGGCUAGCCGAACCAAACUACAGUAACGACAGGAGCGUGACGGUGAUGUCGAGCGACGAGCACGAUAAUGACCUGCCGUCUGAGCCGGCCUCCAUGCCGCCAAUGCUUUCAUCCACCAGCAGUACCAGCACCGCUGCCUUCAGCUACAACAAUCCGGCCUACCAGAGUGCCAACCCGGCCUGCGGCAGCGCCGUCAGUGAUCCAGCUGGACCCAAGAACAAAACCACGCACUCCAGCGAUCAAGACAUACCAGGAAAGAUCCUGGGAACGGACGAUCCAGGCGGUAGUAAAGGAUUAUUGAAGUGGAAGGGCGUGAUGUUCGCUCCAAACGAUGAAGUAGAUACUGAACACGAUCCGGAAGAAGCCGGGAAAGACACCACGGAUUCAGUCGCUCUUGCUGAAGAUCUUGAGCAAGGCAGCGAGGUGUUCAUGGUAGAACUGACGCGUGGGUGGAAUAGUCGGCUGGGUUUUAGCUUGCAGCCGGAAGGAAAUUGUACAGUGAUAUCGGUCGUGCAUCCCGACAGCGUCGCAGCGAAGGAUGGCAGACUCAGACAAGGCGACGUAUUAUUGAUGGUUAAUGAGGAGAGUGUGGAACACAUGUCAACAGCUGAUAUAAUAGAUCUGUUACGCAAGAUACGUGGCUCGAUAGGUAUCACGGUGAUGAGGAGAUCAAAACGGGACAAUAUAACGUAACAGUAGUACAGUGAUAUCGAAAUAGAACAACCAUAAAGGGUACGAUUUGAUUGGUAUAUUCUUUAUGAGCAGGCAAUGAUAGAUUUGAGGAUUUAGACAUGAAUCAGCCAUAAAAAAGAUUUUUGCCAAGAAAUCAGGCAAAGAUGCUGAUCUUUUUCAAUAAAUUUUCAUUAUACAAAAUUUAGAUAAUAAGAGAAGAUAGAAAUAAGAAGAAAAUCAAUUAUUAUUAAGAAAUGAAUAGAUGAGAUUAUAAAUGUUGAUAGUACAAUAAAAAAGUAUAUUAAAUCAUGGGAUUCUCAAUGCCGGAAGAAUAGAUCAUAAUCCGCGUUAUUAUCAAUGACAAAAAUCGUUCAUGAAGAAAAUAAUCUUACAUAAAAAAAAAAAAUAGCAUUAACGAAGAGAGAUCGUCUAUCUUAAUCGAUUACAAAAGACUACUGUUAAAAGAAGAAUGAUGAGAGAAAAAAAUUCACAGAUGUCAUUCUGAUAAUUUUCUAGUAGAUGUCCCCGGAGAUAAAAAGUUACUCAAUCUUGUAGAAAUCUUCCGGAGGAAACUAAACGCUGGAAAUCUGAAAUGAUAUGUCAUUCAAGAAUGUCGUGCUGAAUUUUCAGUCGCGCCUUUAUACGCGAAUCAACCAAUCUCCACGAAUCAAUAUUAAAUCAAUAUUAAUUUAUAACUGAAAUUCCGCUGAAAUUGCAAUAUUCUAACGUCAUUUAUCAGUUAUCAUCACAAGAAAACGUGUCGAUAUGUCGACCAUAACAGAUUAAUGCGCAUUAAUAGCAGGAUAAUUGAAAUACUCUCAUUUCGAAAACUUGAAUCUUUUGGUUAAUGAUUGGCUUAUUAUUAAUAAUAUUCCUAGUAAUUUGCGAUAUUUUCGAAAAGCAGUUUUAUGAUUAGUACGCGAAACAUUGUUUUAAUGAAUUCGAGAAUCAAAAGGAUCGAUCAAAAUAUGAUUGGAAAGAAAACAAUGUACCUAUUGCAAGAUAAGACAUGUUCCACUCGGUCGAAAAGCAAACUAUUUAUUAUCUAUCGAGAAAAUGAUCGAGUUUGAUGAAAUGCGAUAUAUGUUUAUGUACAAAAUUGUAAAGAUAUUCUUUUAAAUAUUGAGCGUGAAAAGAGAAAUUCUCGCAUCUAUGAGCUUAUAGUAUAUCCUACAUAUCUUUGUAAAUAACGUAUCCUAUCAAACUUAAAUUUCCAAUAAAAAAAAUAGCUAUGAAAAAUGAAUUUAAAUAGUGAAAUUAUUUUUAAAGAAAUGUUAUAAAAUAUAAUUUUUCCUUGCAUGUGUGUGUGUAAUAACUAUGAAAUAAUUAAACUUAUAAAGCGCUAAAAUUAAAAUAAGAUUAUAUAUAUAUAUAUAUAUAUAUAUAUAUAUAUAUAUAUACACACACACAUAAAUCGUAUUUUCAGAAAAUACGAUAGUUUUUCCAAUUCUCUUUUAAAAAUAAAGCACUAUACUGUGCGAAAUAUCUAUCGUGUACAUAUUUUUAUCCCACACAGUAUAAUUUUAUUAAAAGAGCUUGACAUUAAUAUUUUAUCGCGAAUUUACAUCAACGAAAUGUGAAUUAAUUAAUUUUACGUGUGAAAUUUACUUCAUACGAAGUAAAUUUAUCACAUGAUAACUAAUUUACAUUUCGGCUUUAACUUGGUCCAUCCGUAAUUAAAAGAGAAUCUGCAACCACAUUAAUAUACGUACUUAAAAUGUGUGAUAAGAACUCGAUAGUUUCUUUACUCACGUCGGAGAAAUAAUCUAUUUUUCAGGAGUUUCUCUUUAACUAAUUAAAUAAUAAGAAACAAUUGGCCUUUUACGGCAAAGAUGAUCUUUUUGCCGUCUCACUUCUUCAAAGCUAUUAUCUCUGGUCUCUUAGCAAAUCAAAAGACAAUCUACUUAUAAGCUAUUUAGAAUAUGAAUAUCAUGAAUGAGUCGUUGAUGAAUAAAUUGGCUGCUAUUAUUUGUAAGACAAUGUCUUACGUAUCUGAUAUUUCGAUCUUCCUGCUGUCUUCAAGAGAAAUCGACCGACAAUUACAUAUGGGAUAGAAGUUAGAGUUACUUAUAGCAUACUUGGAGAAAAUGUAUUAAUGUUCGAGUUAAUGUUCGAACUACCUCGCGUGAUGCCAUACCACAGCAAAACAGAUUAUUAUGCUCGAAUCUGUGUUUAAGUAAAAGAUAUUUUAUGUGAAAAAAAAAAUAUUUCCUCUAAUUAUAUAAAAAAUAAUGAAAUACAAGAUGAAACAAAAAUGAUCAACAAUUCUACUAAAUAAUUAAUACUCUUUAAAGCAUCAAAUAUGAGAAUUUUAGACAAAAAGUUUGUUAAAGUGCAGAAAAUCGUUUACUAUAUUAGAAAUGCUUUCUAAACCGUAGAAAUCAUAGAAAAAUUUUCAUUCGUAGUAACGAUGCGGCUCGUAUAUAAAACGAGAAAGUGUCAAUAACGACACAAAAUUUAAUAGACUGUAACAGUGCAAUAACGUUAAAUAAAAAUUAAGCGAGAACGAUGUAUAAUGUGAUAGCCGUUCCGUUUAGAACGUUAGCACUUGUAAAUCUACGAACUUAGAUGAGUAUCAGAGUUUAUAGUGAAUUACACGUAUGUAAAUAAAGUUGAUAACUGUAUAAUUGUAUAAAUCAAUACCAAAGUGUACGAAUAUCAAAGUUAUGUAAUAUCAAAAAUGUAUAUUUUACUGUGUAAGUGAUCGGUAAACAGGCAGCUAUUGGAAAUAUUAUGUUAAGCUUAUUAAAUUAUUGUUAAUAUCUAGGAAUAGAUAUGCAAUUUUAUUGAGAUUUGUGCCGAUCGUUUCAUCGCUGUGUUAGCCUUCUUUUCUUCAAAAUAAUGUAAAAUAAUAUAUUCAAUAAAAUUUAAUGUCUUUGAUAAAGA